UAAUUAGACCUUUCUUGAUAGGUCAAAUCAUGAUAACUUUAAUACUUAAGAGGCCAGCACUAUUACAUUAUAAUCUUGAUUAGAUGCGGAAAGAUGUUUAGUGAGACUGUUAAUGACGUACUGAAACCUUGUAAGUUCAACUGAAGAAACGGUUUCCAACCCAGAUGUCCAUCAUCAAGCUGGAUUACACCACCAUCCCUAAUCCAUUGAACCGGCAGUUCAUCACCAACUGGUUACCACUUCUUUCCCUCUGUAUUCUCCCCAAAACUAAGAUCUAAACCCUAAAUCUUCCAAUCCCCAUAAAUGGCUGCAUUCAUCUUCCUCUUUUCCAAACCACCUUCUUCCCUAAUAUUUUCAACACACACGAAAUCAAACAUCACAACAAGUGAUCCAUGUCAACUUCCAGUGACCGGGGUGUUCCGACGGAGGCUGCGCCUCCACCGGGGAGACAACGGAGUUUCCGGGGAGUGAGGCGCAGGAAGAGUAGUGGAAAAUGGGUGUCAGAAAUUAGGGAACCAAAAUCACCAAACAGAAUAUGGCUUGGAACUUUUCCAACCCCCGAAAUGGCUGCCGUGGCCUAUGAUGUGGCUGCACUUGCGCUGAAAGGUCCGGAGGCCGAGCUGAAUUUCCCGAAUUCGGCAUCUUCGUUGCCUUCUCCUGCCUCCACUUCUCCCCGGGACAUUCAGGCAGCCGCUGCCAGUGCCGCGGCCGCGGCCGGGGCGGCGAUGGAUGCCCUAGUUGGCAAUGCCUCAGCCCGAGCGAAUGAAUCAUCAAACAAGAUGAUGAUCAGCAUCCCAACGGGUUCGGAUUUGGUAAAUGAGUUUGUUGAUGAGGAUUUGAUAUUUGAUAUGCCGAAUGUUCUGGCCAACAUGGCUGAAGGGAUGCUUCUAAGCCCACCCCGCCUGGACAUUCCCGGAGAUAAUUAUCAAACCUAUGCCGCUGAUGAUUCCGUGGGAUCAGAUGAUCACAACCUCUGGAAUUACUUUCCUUAAUGAUAUCCAACAACUGCCAUCUUUCUUCCAAAGGGGGAAACAAACCACCCCCAAAAAAAAAAGGACUAACAAGUUCUAAUUAAUAAAAACCUUAAUUACCUUCAUUGCAAAGUGAAAAAAAACAAGAGGAAAUUAAGUAAACUGGUAGUUUGAUGUAUUGAGAAGGGUCUAGCAUUUCUCAAUUUGUUGCUUUUAUUUGUGGUGUGAUAUUUCAACUGCAGGGUCCUGUGUUUUGUUGCUUAACGAGUAAUAUUCCUGUGCCAUUGCCGUGCACCUGUGGUUAUAGACUUAUAGUAACCAGAAGACGGAAAAGACGCGACAUUCAAGUUUCUGUGUAAUGUAACAAAUCGCAUGCAUGCACGCAUUUGUUAUCAGAGAAAACUAUCUGGUUUAAAUUUCUUUUAUGUAUCCUGUAUUUUUUUAAUGCAUAUAAAAUGAAUAUGAUCAAUUCAUCUUACUUCCUGCUCGACUGUGAUUACAUCAAUAAAGCCUUCAUGUUGGACUGUUGAUUGAUGGUCUCUUGGUCUUGACUGCACAUCAUCAGAAAUGUGCAAAUUGUAAUAUAAGAUCUCAUCUCUGGCGCUUCUCCAAUUUAUUUAUAGUACGAUUUUCCAACAGCUGAUGAGCCUGAUAUCAUGCUAAAUCACCACACUUCCAUUAACGAUUAAAGAAAAAAAAAAUAAAUAGAACGAUCAAUCUCCUUCAUCUUCUUCUUUGUGGGAGACCAUAUUAUUGUGAUCAUUGGACAUUAACCGAUCAUUUGUAAAACCAACAGAACCUUGAAAGGCAUAGUAGUGAGCUCAACUGAGAUGUGGAAGAUAUACAGGUUGAAUAAUGACACAGUACUAAUUUCAGUGCAAUUCUAAAG